AUGUAUGAAGCUUUAGCUUUACGGAGGGCUGCUACUUUGUGUGUUGAAUUGGGAUUUUCAAAUAUAAUAUUGGAAGGUGAUUCACAGGUUGUAGUUAAGGCUGCAAGUGGAAUGGAAGAAAUAUGGACAGACUAUGGAACUAUUGUUGAAGAUAUGAGAAUAUUGAUAGGGAGUAAUCAGAUUUGGAGAGUUAGAUUCGUGUAUAGGGAGGCAAAUACUAUUGCUCAUAAACUGUCAAAACUAGCUUUUAAGUAUACUGAUGAGAGGGUGUGGAUAGAGGAAUGCCCUAUAGAAAUACUUAGUGAUAUACAAAAGAAAAGAUACUAUAAUGACUGA